UGGCCGGACACCCCUACAUCUUGCUGCCAAUAAAGGCCAUCUUCCUGUUGUCCAGAUCUUGUUGAAGGCAGGCUGUGACCUGGAUGUCCAGGAUGAUAUGUUGUUCUUUAAAGUCAUUUUUAAAGACCGAGAAUUAGUGGAAGAAUGACCUCCAGUGGCCUGGAGUGGGAUUAUUAUGAAUUUCAACCUGUGGAAACCAGUUCUUUAGAGUAUGCAACACCAGGAGCUAAUUCUCUCUUGCUUCCUGCCAAUCCUGUCAAAUCCCAUUUGAGCUCUAACGAGGUCUCCGAUUGGUCCAUGAGCAUUCAUACGGCACACACCUCAGAAAUAGUCCAGGACAGAGCGGCCACGGUGAAAGGCAUCAAGGAAGAGAAAAAUAAGAAAGACCAGAGGAGAAAGGCUAGGAAGGAACCUAGAAGAUCAGAGAGAGAGAAGGAGGGGGAUCAGACUGCACUGCACCGAGCCACUGUUGUAGGGAACACCGAGGUCAUAGCCGCUCUCAUUCAAGAGGGGUGUGCUUUGGACAGACAAGACAAGGAUGGGAAUACUGCUCUUCAUGAAGCAUCCUGGCAUGGCUUCAGCCAGUCUGCCAAGCUUCUUGUUAAAGCAGGAGCCAACGUGCUUGCCAAGAACAAGGCAGGGAACACCGCUCUGCACUUGGCUUGUCAGAACAGUCAUUCCCAGAGCACUCGGGUUCUUUUGCUGGGCGGAUCUCGACCUGACCUCAAAAAUAAUGCAGGAGAUACCUGUUUGCACGUUGCUGCUCGCUAUAAUCACUUGUCCAUCAUUAGGGUUCUCCUCAGUGCUUUCUGUUCUGUCCAUGAAAAGAACCAGGCUGGGGACACAGCUCUUCACAUUGCUGCUGCGCUAAAUCAUAAAAAAGUGGCUAAAAUUUUACUGGAAGCAGGUGCUGAUGGGACAAUUGUUAACAAUGCUGGUCAGACCCCACUAGAGACAGCCCGGUACCACAAUAAUCCUGAAGUUGCUCUUCUCCUCACCAAAGCACCACAGGUCUUGCGCUUCAGUCGUGGGAGAAGCCUACGAAAAAAGAGAGAGAGGCUCAAGGAGGAGAGGCGAGCUCAGUCUGUGCCACGAGAUGAGGUGGCCCAGAGCAAGGGAAGUGUCUCAGCAGGAGACACUCCCAGCAGUGAGCAAGCCACCCAGAAAAAAGAAGAGGUCAAAGAAGAAUUCUACUCAGCAUCUCCAGAGUCCCCGGCAAAGAAUAACCGAAAGAAAAAGCUGAAACAAAAGGUAUCUGCAUUCUCUGAUCCCACCUCACCAGCAGACCAGCAACCUAUUCCUGGGCACCAGAAGAACUCACAUAAUCACCCCAAAAAGAGGAAUAAGCAUCGUUGCUCAUCUCCACCCCCUCCUCAUGAGUUCAGAGCCUAUCAGCUGUAUACCUUAUACCGUGGAAAAGAUGGAAAAGUUAUGCAGGCACCAAUAAAUGGAUGUCGUUGUGAACCAUUGAUUAAUAAAUUGGAGAAUCAGCUGGAGGCAACAGUUGAGGAGAUAAAAGCAGAGUUUGGGACUGUGCAGGAUAAGAUGAACACAAAACUGGGGCAGAUGGAGAAUAAGACCCAACAUCAACUACGAAUUCUGGAUAAGCUGAUGGCUGAGCGACUAUCAGCAGAGAGAUCAGAGUGUCUGAACCGUCUGCAGCAACACACUGAGCUGGAGAAGCAUGAGGGAGAAAAAAGACAGGUGUCUCUAGUAGAUGAAUUGAAAACAUGGUGUAUGUUAAAGAUUCAGAAUCUGGAGCUGAAACUUUCUGGAGAUUCUAGAGCCUCCAGGCCUAAAUCAACCCCAUCUACGUCUGAAUCCCUCACAGGUGCAGACCAAUCAGUGGUUACCACUACCAGUCCAGCCACGGCUUCUGCUAUCCCUCUUCAGGUUGUUAGGCCCAAGGAAAAGGCACCUAUUAGUUCUACUGCUUCCAACAAACUACAGCAGGAAUCAUUAUCAUUAGACUGUGGGAAUUCUAAAUUGAGACACGUUAAGGUACAGACUGCUUUGUUGCCCUCGACUGAAGCAAUUAAAUGUGAGCAUCAGGCUGGUCACUGCAUGGACAAAGGCACUCAAACAAAGAAGUCUGGGAAAAGUGGGCAGAUGAGGCAUAGGCCCCAGCAACAUGCAUCAACACAUGUACCUGGCAGCACAUGCACCCAGCAGCAACCAGCAGACCACCAGACUGGCCCUCCAAUUCGAGACACCUCUCAAGCUCUAGAAAUUACCCAGUAUUUUUUUGAGGCUGUAUCUACACAAAUGGAAAAGUGGUAUGAGAGGAAGAUUGAGGAAGCUCGGUGCCAAGCUAAUCAGAAAGCACAGCAAGAUAAGGCUACGCUAAAAGAACACAUUAAGAGUUUAGAAGAGGAACUCAGUAAGCUAAGGACUAAAAUACAAAAGGAAAGUUAGCACCUGGGCACUGAGGUGUUAAAAGUACUUUGGAAGAUUUCUGAUUUUGCUACAUGAACAAGGAUAGCUGGGAUUGAAGUGUUCAUCCUGGUGCACAAAGACUUGCCUUUAAAUAAAACAUACACACACAAUACUUAAUUUCUGAAAUGUGAUCGUCAUGUGACUUCUGUGCCCUGAAUUCUUAUUGUUGAAGUUUUCAUGCCUGAAACCAAGAGGAGUAGUAUCAAGUUUCAUCAUAAACCCAAAACUCAGUUCAGGUUCAUGUGAAGUUUCUAGUUGUAGAUCGAGUGGGCCAGGCUAAGAAGAUUGUGAAACUGUGGGAUAUAUAACGGUUUCAAGCUUUAGCCUGAUAUUCGGGAGGUAUGAAAUAUGUGCACCAAAAACCAAAAGAAAAGCCCUUUGUGAAUUCAAACCAACUGGUUCCACAUGUAUGUUCAAACUCACCUGCUGUGCCUCAACAAUGAUAGAUCUCUGAAUGAUCUGUGACUUUGAGAUGAAUUGAACUAUACCUGUCAAGCUUGCCAUUUUUAUAAGUCUGACAAAAAAAAAGAAAAAAAGGUUUCGAGGGGAAUUAAAUUUUCUGAUUUUCAUGCAAUCCCCCUUACAAAACUGUAAUCCAAAAAUAACUGAAAAGAGAAAGAGUCUAAAACCCAUUGUAAUAAUGUGGAUUAUGAUAGUAUAAGUAUAUUUAAAUAAAUUAUUUGUGAUAUAGUUAAUGGAAGUGGUUAUAUUAGCAAAGUUGGAAAUGCUUGCUAAGGUUAGCGCUUCUAAUGAACAUUUGUUCACAGUUACUGUAUUUGUGGACCAGUUUUCUUUGGCCAAUCUUAGAAUCAUUUUUAAACAAAUGGAAAAUAAUAUUUUAACCUUAUAAUUCCCCCCAGAGUUCUUGUGAGCAAUUGAAAAUCAAACUCAAAUCAUCUGAAAUCUUUUCUGAAUUUUAACUUAUGAUACUGAGGAUUUUAUGGAUAUAUGGAGACUCUUUUUUUCAUACACCAAGAUGGAAGUUGUUCUAAUAAUAUUUAAAUUAUUCUCUUCUCUUCAAAGAACCUUCAAGUAUCUCUACUAAUUUGACCUAACAAUGGUAAAUUGGAUAACUGAAUCAUCAGACCCCAUCCUACCAUUUUCCAAUUUAGCAUGACAGUUGAGGCCUUUUUCAUUCAUACCAUGAAAAAAUAAUCAAGACUUCAGAAGUGUAGUUUUUGCAUUAAAAGCUUUAGGUGGUACCAAAUUAACCAUUUGGGGAGGUUUUUAAGCAGAAGUUGGAUGAAAACUUGUCAGGAAUGUCAUAGAAAGUGAUACCUUCCUGUCCAGGUAUUGAACUGGAUUACCCAUUGGGGUCCUUCCAACUUAGUUCACUAAUUAACCUUGCCCUUCAAACUUCUGGGGUUUUUUUUGAAACAUCAUAGAGAUAUACACCUGCUUAAAAUUUCUAGUCUAGAAUUUGAGUAACGUAUACUGUUUUUCUGUAGACAGACUUCAGAAAUCCAUUAUUUAUUGUCCUUUCUUUAUAUAAAAUAGCAUGAUACUUACACCAUAUGCAAAAGAAUUUACUUUGGACAGUGAACAUCCCCAAAAGCUUACCACCACCACCACCGCCACAAAAAAAAAAAAUCCCACCAAAAAAACCCCAACACAAGAAUACUACAAUCUAUUAACUAGUGACCUGUUAAAAUUGUAUUUUGAAGUAGUGUUAAAUAAAGGUAUGGUAAUCUCCAAUAGACUAACCCAAUAUAUGAAUUUUGCUAUUUUGUAACUUGUAAAACUGAUUUAAUAUUAUCUCAAAUUAGUCUUUACCAAUAUUUUUGGUCCUCUUGUCUUUAAACUAUAUUGCUCAUGAGCUGUGUAGUCUUCCAUUCAUUCCAUCCUUAGGGUUCAUUGGUAGCUCUGAGACUGCCUGCCCCUUUUGCCAGGUGGAGUAAUUUCCUCUUACCUUGUUCCUGAAGCAAAAUGGAAGUUCCAUAGCUCAUGGAACUUUAGAUCUGGAAAGGACUUCAGAGAUCAUCUACUCCAAACUCAGGAGAGGUAAAUGUAACCUAAGAAGAUUCCUUAAUUCAAUCAGGUAUAGUGAGCACCUAGUGCUAGAAGUGAAAUCCACAAAAUAAUUCUGAAAGUUAUAAUCUACCCUUGUUUAAUAAGAUACCAGGUCACCAUAUUGAAAUCAAAGGGUAUAAUUAAAUUUCAAACUCACUUUAAUUUUAAAAAUACAAGUACAUUAUAUAUAGUUCUUUUUAAAAAAAAAUAGCAGUAGGGUGGGAAAUACUGGUUUGCUUAAAGCCAACCAAACAACAACCUUUAGGUAGAUGAUAAUUCCAUUGCAACAUUGCCAUCUUGAUAAACUAUGGAAUGAAGAAGCAGAGGGAAAAAGAGUUAACCUGUCUACUGACUCAAAGCUACUGUCUCCAGUCUUUCAACCUUUUUAAACCCAUGCUCAGUAAGUAGACUAAGUAUAUGUUAAGUAGAAAUGCAAUAGCUUCCUGAUUACAACCAAACCUGGACUUUUCUACUGAUGUUACUCUGCAUUCUGAUGGCUAGCUUUGGUCAAAAUUUUAGUUGUCUUUGGUAUUAUCAAAAAUAAGUUCCAAAUCUGUCUGUAAUUUUUCUUAAAGAGUUUUUGGCCCCUACUCAUAUCUACAAGUAUAAUGUCACAACUGUACUUCCAAGGAAUAGAAUAGUGAGCAAAAAGGGAAAUGGUGUUCUUCCACAUAAACAAAUGUGUCACAGUCGGGGAUGAAAUCUUCAUAGGUGGAUAGGAAAAGUAGCUAAUAUGCAGAAUUCCGCAUUAUAGCCAGUUUUUUUCAGGAAUGCCUAUAUUCUGUAUGUUAAGGUGGUAGCUAUAAAGCAAAAUAUACUAUCUUGCAGUAUUUGUGAAAAUUCCUCUUAGUGCACUGUUAAGUACACUAGAUAUCUGUGAUACAUAUUAGUUCUCUAACCAUUUGACUUUAUUAGCUCAAAAUAAAGGGGUUAGGUAUUAACAUGUUUACAUCUUUUUUAAGUCAUGUUAAACUACUAUAGGAUUACAUGA